UUACGUUUUAGCACAUUAUGGGUCUCUCGGAUUACCUAUUCGUGUGUUUGAUUGGUGCGUUACCGGGACCGCCCGCUGUCAUUUUCGAGGGGGCCAACUUUCAGCUGUUUCCAAUCAGCAAGCUAAAGUGUCACCACAUCGAUCCGAACAGAGACAUCGCGUUUCAUCUGUACACGAGGCACAACCCCAUAGAACCGACGCUUCUGAGGAUCGACGACGACCAAGCGCUAGCAAAUUCGCAUUUCAAUUUCUCGGAGCCGACGGUGUUUUUUUUUCAUGCAUUUUUCGAGUCUUCCACAGCUCAACCCGCACUUUUUAUACGUACAGCUUACACGAGACGGGGCGACCACAACAUACUCCUGCUGAACGCUCCCAGGCUGGAAGCGGGCCCGUGGUAUUUGACAGCCGCUCAAAAUACUCGAAUCGUGGGGGAGUACACUGCCAAGUUCAUCGAUUACCUCGUAUCGAGAGGCCUCUAUUUGCCCAGUUUGCAUUUGACGGGGUUAAGUUUGGGAGCACAGAUGGCAGGGGUGUGCGGACAGAAUGUAAAGAGUGGCAGGAUACGCCGCAUAACCGGUAUGGACCCUGCCGGUCCACUCUUCACCAAAUGGCCAAACAGUUUAAAAUUAGACGCCGACGACGCCGAGUUCGUCGACGUCAUCCACACCGACGCCGGAAUAUUCGGUUAUCCCAGUCAAAUAGGUCACGCUGAUUUUUGGCCCAACAGAGGUCUCGCCCCUCAACCUGGUUGCAACCUGAAAGAAGUCAAACGACGAAAUCCAGACGCCGUGUUGGAAUAUGCCUUCUGUAGUCAUUGGAAGUCAUACCAGUACUUUGCGGAGUCUAUAGUAGAUCCAAAUGCGUUUUACGGGGCCGUCAAUUGCGAUAGCUGGGGGGACUACGAAAAAGGAGUGUGUAAUGAGGAUACGAGUUUCGUCACCCAGAUGGGGCUGUACGUAGAUACUAGAACAAUAUCCCACAAACAAAAAGAAACCAGUCUCCAUUAUUCAGACAACGGUUUAUCAUCGCCGCGUGUCACCUUAUAUGGCGGCGGUCUGCUUCUUUUCCUUCCUGCCAGUGGAACCCUUUGCUACUCUGACGAAUUUCGACGAGACAUGGCUACCGGCCUUUCCUUGUUUUGUUUCUUGGCCAAUAUGCCGGGACCUCCGUCAAUUAGAUUCCAGAACAUGACCUUGCAAUUGUGGUCGGUCAAUAAAAGAAUAUGUCCCGAGUUUGACCCAUUAAGGGACACAAUUUUUCAUUUAUACACCAGGAAAAAUCCGAAAAUAUCGCAGAUUAUAUUCCUGGAUGACGACGAAUCAUUGACCAGAUCCAAUAUAGAUUUUUCCUUAGAAACAAUUAUUUUCUUUCACGGAUAUUUGGAAUCUCACGAAAAUGACGACGGACAGUCGGUGAAAAAUGCAUAUUUGGAGGUAGGAGAUUACAACGUCAUCUUGGUCCAAAACGAACGUCUACUGGCGGGUCCGGAUUACAUCACCGCCGCAUACAACUGCCAACCCAUUGCCCGAUAUUGUGGUAGAUUUAUAGAUUAUCUGGUGUCGAGAGGAAUGUGGCUGUCCAAACUCCACGUGAUCGGGCUUAGUUUGGGAGGACAAAUAGCUGGUAUGACGGGACAGUACGUAAAAAGCGGACGUCUUCCCAGAAUUACUGCCUUUGAUCCGGCCGGACCUCUGUUCAACUUCGUCAAAGAAAACGAACGGAUCGACCCUUCGGAUGCGGACUUUGUGGACGUCAUCUUCACGAGUUCUGGCCUGUGGGGGAUGAAGUACUCUGUCGGAGAUGUCAACUAUUGGCCCAACGGUGGCGGCAAAAAGCAACCCGGUUGCAGUAUACCGGAAAUCAUCAAUCGAUAUGGAAUCUAUAUACCGUGGUUGGUUUUCUGCAGUCACUUUCGCUCGUAUCAGUUGUACGUCGAGACUUUGAGAAGCCCGUAUCUGUUUCCCAGUCACAAGUGUGAUAGUUACGCUACCUUCAAAUUGGGGUACUGCAAGAACACGCCCGUAUCCUAUUUGGGCGUGGCUGCGGAUCCCAAGGACAAAGGGGAUUUUUACCUGGAUACCGGAUUGAUCGGAAUCUACAACGGCUGAAAUAAGCGGUAGUCAGAUAGAUUUAUUUGGUUUAAAAUAUCUAGUUUGAGGACAAAAUUCGUUUCGUUUUCCACAUUUCCCG